AUGACGGUAGCUCUUCGCCAAUUCCACACAAUCUCCUCUCAGCACCAUCGUCAUGGCCUAAAAAUCUUGACGACCUUCGCGCUUUUCGCUGCCACAGCAUCAUGUCUUUCCAUUCGACAAAGACCAGCCGGUCCAACUCCUUGUAUACACGUCCAGUUUACCUUCAAGCUGGGUGACGAUACAACUAUACUUCACAAUAUCCCAGUUACGAAUUGCAAUGGGAACGAAAUCUUCAGAGCACUGGAAAUUCCCAUCAAAGCUGCCGGGCUCAACCCUCCCUUACCUCCUAUCAAAGGUGUAAGUGUCAACUUGGAGAAGUUUUUCGAUGGCUUUGGUGCGCCUAUCAAUUUCAACGGCAGCGACCAAGGACACCUGAACGAUUUGGUUUGCGAAUUUGAACCAGUCGGAGUCUUUGGUGUGGACGAUUUGCUGAUAGGGGUAUUGUCUCGCAAAUGUCCUGCUAGUGGAGAAUUACGGAAUGCAGAUGGAAAUCCCCUUGGCAUUCAGCUAUUGGGUUGCUUCUUUAGAUCUGUUACCGGAUCCUUCUUGACCGACUUAAAGAAAGGGGCGCUUGACAGUGAAGUGUGUCCUGCUGUUUAA